UCUGCCGCCUUGGUACAGUAUUGGCUUUGACUUGGCCGACCCUAACAAAAAGUAAGAACUAGACGCUUAAGAGGCAGGGAAAUGGGUGCGCUGAGGGGUGUUCUUCAUAAAACGCCUUUCCUCGUGGGUGCUCAUUCUACCAGGAAGAGCCCCAGCUCCUCCAUCGCUUCCACUCGGUUGGUGGUGGUGCAAUCGAGAGCAUUUGCAAACAUGGUCAAAGCUAUUAAAAUUUAUGAACACGGGGGGCCUGAAGUCUUAAAGUGGGAGGAUGUGGAAAUAGGAUAUCCCAAGGAAGGAGAGAUACGAGUAAAACAUAAAGCAAUUGGAGUGAACUUUAUUGACAUCUAUUACAGGAAAGGAGUUUACAAAACUGAGUUGCCUUUCAUUCCAGGGCAUGAGGCAGUAGGAGUAGUGACAGCAGUGGGCCCUGGAUUGACUGGUAGGAAAGUUGGGGAUUUGGUAGCCUAUGCUGGUAAUCCCUUAGGUUCUUAUACUGAGCAACAAAUUCUUCCUGCUAAAGUUGCUGUUCCUGUUCCUCCUGCCAUUGAUCCUUUGGUAGCUGCAUCUAUCAUGUUGAAGGGGAUGACAGCCCAUUUCCUUGUCCGCAGAUGUUUCAAGGUAGAGCCUGGGCAGACGGUUCUUGUUCAAGCUGCAGCAGGAGGAGUUGGGUCACUUCUGUGCCAAUGGGCAAGAGCUCUUGGUGCCACUGUGAUUGGAACUGUAUCAAGUGAGGCAAAAGCAGCUCAGGCUACUGAGGAUGGCUGUCAUCAUGUGAUAAUCUACGGCAAAGAGGACUUUGUUGCCUGCGUUCAAAAGAUAACAGAUGGAAAGGGAGUAGAUGUUGUUUAUGAUUCAGUUGGCAAGGAUACAUUCCAGGGAUCAUUGACAUGCUUGAAAAAACGCGGUUAUAUGGUCAGCUAUGGCCAGUCAUCUGGCACUCCUGAUCCAAUUCCGUUGUCGUCCCUUGCUGCGAAAUCAUUGUUCCUGACACGGCCAUCACUUAUGCAGUACACAGAAACCCGUGAUGAGCUACUUGAAGCUGCAGGGGAGGUUUUUGCAAAUGUUGCAUCUGGCAUCCUGCGGGUUCACGUAAACCACACAUAUCCAUUGUCACAGGCAGCUCAGGCCCAUGCAGAUCUUGAGGCCAGGAAAACCACUGGUUCCAUAGUGUUGAUUCCUGAUGGUAAUUGAUCCAUUACAGGCAGUCUUAAUCUGCUUAGAAGGUCGAGACUGGGUGCUUGGAUGAACAUUGCUGUGUAUCUAACGUCUUUACGUCCAAGAAACCUUGCUGGCCUUAUAGUUUUGGCUCUCUGCUAUUGUUGCUUUAACAGGGGAAUUAUGUUGAAGAACUGUAGUGAACUGAUAUAUGUUUGGGAGCUAAGAAUUGGAAAGGAUCUGGUGGUGAACUAAGGAGGUGUUUAAAUGCUCACAAUAUUUUGGGUGGUGUACUGGGUGACGUGAGCUUCACCCACCGUACACCUCUAAACCAACGGGCCAUCUUUAUAGUAAAAGAAAGGCAAGCUUCUUCAGGAGGAAGAAGUUCCAGUUCU